AUGAGCAACGUCAGGGGCGGCGGUGCCACCGCUUGCGCUGCGUGUAGAUACCAACGGAAGAAAUGCCCUUCAGAUUGUCCUCUCGCGCGUUAUUUCCCUCCCGAUCGCCAGGGAGAUUUCCACAAUGCCCACAAACUGUUUGGCGUAGGCAACAUUACAAAACUCCUCAAGAACAUUUAUCCCCGCCAGAGGGACGACGCCAUGAGAAGCAUUAUCUACCAGGCUAACGCUCGUGCCAAGGAUCCAGUCGGUGGGUGUUUGAGGAUCGUUCGGAGGUUGAAUCAACAGAUCGAUCGAGAAACCAUGGAGCUCAAACUUGUUCUUCGUCAGCUCGCUUUUUACCGAGCACAUGCACAUCAACAGCAGCAGUACCAGAUCCCAAUGCAAGAAACUGCAUCCCUCUUCCAUCAUCUACAUCAUGGAACAUUAAUUAAUCCCGAUCCUAUCAAUACGUAUAACCCCUUUCAUCACCUUGAUCGACAACAACCUCAACACCAACCUCUCCAUAUUGAUGAUCAACUUCAACUGCGACAGGAUUCUCUUGUUGCUGAUAAUCAGCAGUUUCACGGUGGUCUGAAUCAAUGGACGACCAUACAGGAUCCAAGAUCAAUGGUCAUGCAAGACCCCGGCGGCAGUAGUAGACUUGAGACAGAGGUGCUAUCCCCAUUAUCAUCGUCGUUGAAUGUGAAGAACCAGCCACAACUCUUGAAUGAAUCCGGGGACAUCAUCAAACCUCUUCUUGGCAUAUUUGACGAAAGAGAAUCGCUUCCUUACGAUUCUAAAGAACCAACCGCCCAGUCCGGGAAAGGUGUCAAACUGUCAAUCAACAAGAUUGAUAAUUGGUUUAGCUGGAACUCCACUGCUGCCAUAACAAAUCAGAACUGA